UCUAGUAAUUGUUGUAUGAAACUCUAUGGUUGGACCAGUGCCCACUGGUUGGACCCACUCUCCCAAUCUAGUACACUCCAUAGAAUAAAAGGCUCUGGCGGAGGUACGCGGCUGUGAUUGUGUAGGGAGAAUGAGCUAUAAUUCUUGAAGCAUUAUCGGAUAACUUGCGCUGUCCUUCGUGUUGACGUGUUCAUGAAAACAAGUUACCCGCCGUGCCAACGGGUUGUGGUGCAAAUAGUUGUAAAUCACAUGACUGACCAACUGCUUUCCGGACGGUUUUUGUGUACAAACCAUCCAGCGUGAGGCAUACCCCAUGGCUGGAGUCGACAGCCAAUGACCUGCUAUACAACGUAGGGCCUCUGCGUUGUAGCUUGAAGUUAACUUGCACUGUGCGUGUUUGCGUUUGCAGCGUGUUGUCAUGAGUAAGCAGCUGUGAGUUGCAGAUACUGUGAUGGAUACCAGCUUACUAGGUUUCGAUUCCUUAGACACAUUUUCCAGCCACUACACCAGCAAUGGCUUCAGAGGAGCAGCUUCAGAGGCCCCUCAGACUUGCUCAAAAAAGUACAGUGAAGAGUGGUUCUCACUCUUUGAACAAGGGGAUAUCGCAAGAAGGCUGAAGGAAAAAGCACUACGUCUGGAGCUUGCAGAUUGUAGGUUCAGAAGCAUAUGUUGGAAGAUAUUCUUGGAAUGCCUGCCAGACUCCAGAAAUGAUUGGAUCAUUGCAACCAGAGCAAUGAGGCACAAAUAUGAAUCACUGUUGGCUAAGACAUGUCAUAAUCCAAGAAUGGAACUGGAAGACCUUGACUUGGCUUACAACAAUCCCCUAUCACAAGAUGAGAAAAGCCCAUGGAACCAAUACUUUGAGGACAGCGAAUUGCGAAUAAUGAUCAAGCAGGAUGUGAUAAGAACAUUUCCAGAAAUAGAAUUUUUCCAGACAUCAGAUGUCCAGGCAAUGAUGGUGAACGUUCUCUUCCACUAUGCAAGGCAGCAUCCACAGAUUUCAUACCGUCAGGGUAUGCAUGAGCUUCUUGCUCCAAUCAUCUUUGUACUGCACAAUGAUCAGCAGGCAUUUCUGCAUGCCCUGGAGCUGGACUAUAUCAGGGAGUUCCAAGAUGCACUGAGGGAUGACAUCAGGGAGCUUCUCAAUCCGGACUACACUGAGCAUGAUGCCUUCUUUUUGUUUAACCAAGUCAUGGAUGCAGUCGAAUCUUGGUACUCGUGGAAUGAGAAUUAUGUAAAGAUUGACCAGUUCAGCUUCAUGCCGUUCGCCAAGACCAGCACACUUGGUUUGCACAAUGGCCUGGGAGUGAAGCUCUGCAGGAUCAACCAGUCCAUGCUGAAGGCACAUGACUUUGCCAUCUACACACACCUGGAGAACAUGGAGAUCCCACUCCAUGUGUUUGGAAUACGUUGGCUUCGUCUGCUUUUCGGACGUGAAUUCAUCCUACCUGAACUGCUCAUACUAUGGGAUGCCAUCUUUGCUGACAGCUUGGCCUUCAACCUGGUUGAUUACAUAUUUGUGGCCAUGCUCAUUUGUAUUAGAAAGCCAUUGCUGAACUCGGACUAUGCGAAGUGCCUGAGCUUCUUGAUGAAGUAUCCGGCAGGUCGAAAUGUCACCUACAUUCUUCAGUUGGCCCUGCACUUAAAGGACGCCAAGAAAUAUUUCAAGCCAGGUGAACAAGAAUUUGAGGUGUACAGUCCCAGCUUGGUCACAAAAAUAUCUGGAAAAAGCCUGCUGGCAGUUGAUGCCCCAAGGUCUAUUGGCAGGCCUGUAGGUCGGCCCAAUACCUUGGGGAUUCAGGCAUCGAGCUCAAGAGCCAGCAGUGAACCAACGACCUUGGAGUCCGGCUCUGAAGUUUCUGAUGAAGAGAGUGCGGCUUCAAGAGGCAAGGGGCGUGCGGCACCACUGCGAUCCCAGCCUAAGCACAACCAGGUGUGGUCAUUCCGGGGCAUCAAGAAGAACCCCAUCACCCAGAGCCUAAGCCUGUUAGCCAGCAGUGGCAGCGAGGGUGACCAGCAUGAAAAGGAGAUGGUCCAGCUAAAUUCCACUGUUGCCAUGCGCCAUGGCAGCAUAGAAGGGAGUGAGGUGCCACCGUGGCAGAGGCACAACUCUGUAGCAGAUACUCAAAAAACACCAACUGAGGAAAUCCAGCAAUUGCGCAAGCAGGUUUUCGACAUGCAGCAGGUGAUGGAUUCAUGCUGUCGCCAGAUGAGUGAUCACCUGGCGCUGCUUCAGGAGUCGAUGCUGUCACAACAACUGCAAAGAGAAGAUGAAGUCAUGCUGGCCAUCGCUCGUCUAAAAAGGGUGCGCGAUACCCUCAAAGGUGCAGUCGAGUGCAUCGAUGUAGGAAAGGAGGACGAUGAUGCUCAGGGGGAAUAUGUGACUGAAGGUUGGACUUUGUUGUCAAGUGACGAACAGCUAGAACAGCAGCAGCAGCCCAGCCUACUGGACACUGAUGGAGACUCGCUCAUCUCUUGGGACAGCCAGGAGAAAGCAAGGGAAGGUGACAGCCAUCAUGCCCUGGAGGCCAAAAGGAAGCUCUUCAAGGCCCUUGUGCACAAUCAGAAGCCUGCAACUGCACUCGGGGAUGGGAUGGCAGCCUCAUCACUGAGCUGAUUUUGUUUUGAGUGGUCUGUGCCAGACAAUGUACCAUUGUGGACUUGUAUAUGACGUCGAAUGAAGACAGAAAGUAGCAUAGAGCUUGCAACUGUGAUGAUUUGCUGUGCUGCUUUUGCCUUGAUAGGUUGGGGGGAUCUGCUUCUCUCAGCGCUUCUGUUGUGCUCAGACUUGAGAUGUAUGGCUGAGAACUGUAAGUGUACAGUAGCGUAGAAAGGUAGGCUGACAUCUUCAUAAAUGGAUGCAUCCUUCUCUAGGUAGCAUUUUCAUCCUUACCCUAUUAGUGUCUUGGGGCUAAUAUGGUCAUAGCAGUGUGGCAUUGCUUGGAUGGUAGCAAUCUGAAAGAAAAACGCUGUAAUACUUAGAAAGAUGUGACACCAGCUCUGCUUUUCCUUUAUUUUCGUCUGUUAUUUUUGUCUUCCUUUCUUUUCCUUUGUAGGCUUAUGUUGCAUAAAGCAAAUGUCACAUGCUGUCAUCACAUCAGGCCCAUUGAACUAGCACAUAAAAUCUAAAGCAUGCCUUGACAAAGAGAGGUUCACUCUGUGUGAAUGCUGACUGGCCCUUCUGGAGUGCUUGAUUUUGUUCAACCUUGCUCCCCCUGUGCACUUGGGUUGUGAUCAUUGAAGUUGCAAUCUGGACAUUGUUUUUAAUGCUUUAUGUAUAGAGACUGUAGGUAGAGUGCAUAAGUAGGCAUGUACACCAAUUCAGGAUUGUCCAACCUUACUGUGCCUGUUAUGUGCAACACUUCUACUUGUUGGAUGUGGCUAAGCAGACAAGUGGUGCUGCUGUAAAGAAAAGCUGUCAUAAUUGAAUUGUGUCACUAGUGCUUACAUCGUGGAUAACUAGACUGGGAACAUAGUAGCAAGCAAAUUAUUCUCAGUGAAGGUAGAGGGUGCCUGAUGGGACAACCUGCUCUUGCUGGGCUCAGUCCUUCGGGAGAUCUGUAGGUUGGACGUGAAUCAAUGUCUUGCAACAAAACAUACUGAAGAAGAGGAAAAGAACAAAAAGCUGUUUCAGUACAUUGCUUCCAACUUUCAUAGUUGCAAAACAACCCGGAUAGCUGUUUUUGACUACUUGCUAAUUGCUGAAAGCUGCCCCUGUGGACAAAUGGGAAAGGGAACACUCAAUUUGUCGUCUAAUAACAAUUUCAGCUGUCAUCUAUGUUUGCCCUUCUGCUGCCUACAAUAUAGUUCUCAUGAUAACAAGUAUGCCUGAUGGCAUUUUUCUGAUUCAGUGCAAGAAUGAGGAAAACUACAGGCAUUAUAUGUAAAUCUGGUGUUCCCUUUCAUAUUGGUACAUGUGCUAAUGAGUUAAGAGCAUAGUGUAGGCUUGAACCUAAAAAAAACAACUUAAAGAGCUUAUUUAAUAGCCAGAGGCACAGCUGUGACAUAACUUUACCUUUAGCAUUGCACAGUCAGUCUUUGUUAUGUGGAGUUGUCCUAAGAAAACUUGGACAACUGUAUGUGCUCCUGUUACUUGCCUCAUAAUAAUAAUGAGUGUGGUUGACAGCAAGGAGCACUUGCAUUUCUUCUGGUUUGUUUUAUUGAGUAGUUAUCCACAUGCAUUGGCCUUCUGUUCAUGCAAGAGAAUACUGUGAACUAUUCCACUUACUCAAGCUUUGAGCUGCACAUAGCAAACAGUUUCCGCAAGGUCUGCUUUACGCUAGCUGUUCCUGCAAUGGCACUUUAGCUUCACAUGUAGUACUAUCAAAGAGUCAGCAAACUUAUGGCAUUGAGUGCUAACUAAUGAAUUUGUUGGGUGAUGUAAAAUACAACUUCAAAUAAUAAAGAAAUGUCCCUUCAGCCCUUUGGGCUUGCUACCUACUUAUAGUGUGUGCAUAUCUGCAAGAAUUAAUGCAUCCACACCACGGCCCACAGAAGCCUGUGAUAACAGGCACAAAAGAGUGCUGAAUCUUCUCCCUGUCUUGAGGUGAAACCAGAAUUUAUUCUCUGCGCUUCGUCUUGUGGCCACCGCAAUGCAGAGUAAAUGCCCAGGUUGUGUGAAAACAGCUUUGCAGCUGCUGUCUCCUGUAGAAUGUGUUGAUGGCAGUGCAUCCUUAGACAAAAGUUAUGAAGCCACAUGUGUUAACAGACCAGUCAUCAUGCUAACUAUUGGGAAUUCUCCAGAACUUUCUUUUUUGCAAUACUCUAGACAUCAAUAGGAACUGUGUUCUGUACUUUCCAGAGUUGUAGAACAUGAAAUGCACUAUAGAAGCCUAGCAUCCAGUGCUAUCUUCUACAUGGCUUAUGGAUGUUGGACUGUUAACUUAAACACAUCGAAUAGGCCCGCAGCACCAGUGACCAAGGGUACUACAAGGAUAAAGGCAAGCGCUCUCUUGCCUAUGUUCCAUCUUUGUCCUUGGUGAUGGAACAUUGACCACCACUGUAACAAAGCUUCGAUACUACCCAAGUACUGUGCAUAAAAAAGAUCACUCACAUUAAAUCAACUUUACCCGCCGUGGUUGCUCAGUGGCUAUGGUGUUGAGUUGCUGAGCAGGAGGUCGCGGGAUCGAAUCCCGGCCACGGCGGCCGCAUUUUGAUGGGGGCGAAAUGCGAAAACACCCGUGUACUUAGAUUUAGGUGCACGUUAAAGAACCCCAGGUGGUCGGAAUUUCCGGAGUCCUCCACUACGGCGUGCCUCAUAAUCAGAAAGUGGUUUUGGCACGUUAAACCCCAUAAUUUUAUUAAAUCAACUUUGUUCAAGUACAGUUUUAUGUCCUGGUAUUUCCAAGCGUGGUAGACAUCAGGGACGUCUUUUGAACUACGAAGUUUAUUUGUCCCACAUGCUUACAGGAGUGGGAGCAGAGGCUACAUAGCCUGAAAAAAAAUUCUUUCUCCUAUUUCAGUUCGGCAAACAGGCCAAUGAACAUGACACAAUAUUGCACCUCUAGUCAUUACAAGAAAUGUGUUUUUGUGUUUACAUAGCUUAUUGAUUGGAGCAAAUGUUAUGUAUUUCGUUUCACUAACAUUUAGUUGCAGUUUAUUGAACUAUGCCAACCCGCCAGCCUAUUUAGGUAAUUAUUGACCUGGUGCUGAAGUUCUUGAAUGGAUGUACCGCUAAAAAAUUUUGAGUGUCAACUGCAUACAUUAUUAGCUUGGGAGAACAUUUGAUGUCACAAAGAUUGUUUACAUGAAUUAUGAACAACAGAGGCCCAAGUAUUUACUCCUGCACUACUCCUCUGUUUAUAGUUGCAUAAGCCAAUGCAUGGUUACUUAUGCUAAUGUAUUGAUGGUAGGUUGUUAGUCUUUCAUUAUCUUAAGAACCACUCCACAUACACUGUACUUGCUAAGUUUGUGCACGAGGACUUCAUGACAUACUGAAUCAAAUGCCUUCCUAAAAUCUAUAAACAAACCCAAUGUGUAGAGCCUAUGUUCAAUGUUCUUAAUUCAUUUAUAAUAGUCACAUGGGCUGCUCCACAAGAUUUAUUUUUCUGGAAACAUUGUACUCAUUGAUCACAUUGUACUUGGCAAAGAGCCUGUACAACUGAGCAUUUAUUACAUUCUCAAUACUUUAGAUAAAACUGGAAGAACGGAAAUUGGUCUGUAGUUAGUUAGUUGACGUUUAUCACCUCCUUUGAGAACAGGACGUAUUUUCACUAUUUUUAAGCGGUCUGGAAAAGCACCUGUUUCAAACACAAAUUAUGUAAGCCAUGAUUGGGCCUAUAAUAUCAGCUACAUAUUUUAAAGGUGUUAACCUCAUUGAAGCCAGCCGCUACGCUAUUCUUGAUGUGAUAGAUUAAUUAUGUGGCUUCCUCUAAUGUCACGGGUUAAAACUACGUAGUUUUUAAGGCUGAAUUAAUUUAUUGUAGAACAAGGCAUUGUGUUGUUAUCAUUUUUCUAUUCUGCAGUGGUCACAAAAUACUCGUUCAUCUUAGUAGCUGCUUCUCAGUCUGACAAGAUGCCUGCACUGGUUUGUAUGCAUAGCGGGGAAGCCUGUUUUUUUCUCUGACGUUAGGUAUUUUGCUUCUUUGCACACCCUCCUAGAGUGAUUUUUUAUCUUCGCAAACAGUUGUUCAUAAUGCCUUUACCUCGCGUACCUUAACUCAGUGGUCAAUUUACUUCUGUGUUUUUUUAAAUUCAGAAAGUGCCUCUAAAUUUCUAGAUUGAACAGAAGUGAGGUACAUUUUAUUUUUCAUCUCGAUCAUUUUCAAUAGUCCUGCAUCAACCCACGGCUUUCUUGCUUGUUCUGGCCUUUGGUUUCUGGAACUCAUUUCCAGGUAGCACACAAAGUGCUAAAAACAUCGAUUGCAGGGCAACGUGGGAUAAAAUGAAUUUCUGACCUUUUUCGACAUCCCAAAGGCGCCUCGGACCAGUCAAAUUAUAUCUUAUUCUUAAAAUCACAUAGAAAGCGUGUUCAAAAAUACUAUAUCUAUCGUCUUCUCGAAACCCUAUUAAGACUAUGUUUUUCACAGGAAAAUAUUUUUUUCUUAUCACAGCGUAGUCAUGGCUCCUCAGCCGUUUGAGGAUUGACAAGAUGGUUGCAGCGCGGGAGGCCGAGCGGUAUAUUGUGGAUUGCGUCGAGCGGACAAAGGAGCUUGGAAUAACAUGGCGAUUAUCCGCCUUCUGUGAACCUUUUGUGCGAUACAGCGACUUGCACUCUAUCCCGGAUCGUCAAGCGCUGCCCGGUGAAGGAGCCAUCGGCCAUUGCGGGUUGCUGGCCUUUCUUACCGCUGGAACCGUCAUGCUGCACAGCACUCCGAGGGCUGUGUCGAACUGGUGCCUAGCUGCGGGCACAGUCACCUCCGCAAUCAGCUGCGCACAGAAUAGCCUAGCAUCGGCUGCGUCUGCGCACCUGACUAAGGAACCGACUGCGGAUAAAUCACGAGCACCUGGAGGGGUGGUCAUUUGGCAGCAGCGGCAGCAUCCAGCAAGCAUCGCUUACCUUGCUAUUACAAUUGUGCAGAUAAGUACAGCGACUUGCACUCUGUCCCGGAUCGUCAAGCGCUGCCCGGUGAAGGAGCCAUCGGAUGUUGCGUGUUGCUGGCCUUUCUUACCACUGGAACCGUCGUGCUGCACAGCGCUCCGAGGGCUGUGUCGAACUGGUGCCUGGCUGUGUACGCAAUCACCUCCGCAAUCAGCUGCGCACAGAAACACCUAGCACCGACUGCGUCUCGCACCAGACUAAGGAAUCGACUGCGGAUAAAUCACGAGAACCUGGAGGGGCGGUCAUUUGGCAGCAGCGGCAGCAUCCAGCAAGCAUUGCUUACCUUGCUAUUACAAUUGUGCAGAUACAGCGACUUGCACUCUAUCCCGGAUCGUCAAACGCUGCUCGGUGAAGGAGCCAUCGGACUGCUGGCUUUUCCUACUACUGGAACCGUCGUGCUGCACAGGACUUCCGAGGGCUGUGUUGAACUGCUGCCUAGCUGCACACGGAAUCACCUAGCACUGACUGCGUCUGCGCACCUGACUAAGGAAUCGACUGCAGAUAAAUCAAGAGUACCUGGAGAGGCAGUUAUUUGGCAGUGGCAACAUCAUCCAGUGAGCAUCGCUUACCUUGCUAUUACAAUUGUGCAGGUACACCGUUUCAUCACCGAACUUCUUUUGCCCAUAAUUCUGGCCUUCCCCCAAGCCACAGCCAUCCCAGAAAUCCGGCCCAGCAUGCCUGGCGCGGGCCCCUUGCCUGCUCCCACCAUGACUGAUUCAUCAUGUCCAACAGCGCCGCCGCUACCUUCUUUGCAUCCUCAUUCACCAUGGGAAGCGCCAUCGUCAGCAACAUUGUCCCCUGCGUCAGCUAUAAAGCUGUCCCUGUCGUCCCCCGCGCUCUGUGGGCUCGGUGGCUGUGCUUCAGUGCAGACCACUAAUCCGUUGCAUUUCGCCAUGCAGGUCAGUAGAAUGUAUCAUUCUUUCAGGAAAACAUCCAGCAACUAUACUUUCUAAUACAGCUACCGAGCCCAUGGUGCUCCACUACAAUUGUUAUCGAAUGUGUUCAUGUCAUGCGGUCUUUGUUGCUUUUGUCGAAUGAUAUAGAAGCUAACCCUGGCCCUCCCGGUAUUGAGGACGUAAUGUCCGAAUGAGGAAAGCUAACUUCUGGACAGUCAAAACUUAUUAUCGAAGUACUAGACCUAAAAAGCAAGCUUCUUGCAACAGACAAAACCCUAUUUGACCUAAGUAAACGCAUGACUGUUUUAGAAAGACAUUACAAAGCCAUUUCAACCCUACGAACUGACCUAGAUACCAUAGAAUAGAUACCACCGCAAAUGGCAGGCCGGGUCGUACGCCUUGCUACACAGAUGGAUGAUAACGAGAACAGGUCACGCCGUAAUAAUCGAAUAUUAUAUAACAUCUCUGAUCCUAACCCGAAAGAAACAUUUGCAGAAUCUGACCUGAAUUCAUUCUAAGUACUCCUACGACAUCAGUAUAUCGGCAUUUAAAACAGAAUCCAGCUUAUCGUUUCUUGCAUCUUGCUGUCGCAUUGCUAGUAUUUCUCUUUUUCACAAGUUCUUUUACAGCUCACUUGGCAAGGCACCAUACAUUCUCCCCCCGGCACACAUCUCCAGUUGCACUGGUCACCCGCAACAAGUUGCGCGCCCGUGUACGCACACUGUCACUUUUUCAUCUUCAUUCUUUUUCGUGCAGCAACAGACUGGAACGGCCUUUCUAACGAAAUCAGUCAUAACCUGUCCUAGCACAUUUUUAAACACCAUAACAAAUUACCUUACCCUGUAAUAAAAAUAUGGCCUUCAACUUUUCAUGUCUAUACCCACCCCUUAUGUAAUACCCCAUCAAUGGGGCCUUUAAGGAAAUAAAAUGAAAUUAUCAAUCUACUAAUUUUGAUUGAUUUAUUUGUUCCACUGCUAAACUUAAAUCCAUGUUUGCAGAAGAAGACUGAUAUACUUAUCGUGGCAUUUAUUUAUUUAUUUAUUUCAUUUUCUUUUUCGAAUCAUUAUGUUUUACUUUUGUUCUGCGCUGAUGAAGUGUUUACAUUUGUUUAUUGACUGUUUUUCAUUGCUGAUGCCCAAAUGCCACUCAUUACAUGGGGCUGCGGAUUCGUCAAGCCACCUACUGGCAGCUUUUUUCCGUUGUCCUCCAUCUGUAAUGUACAUGAUGGAAAUAAAGAUUUGAUUUGAUUUGA